GGGAUAUGUUGUCUAGUCCCAUCCCCUCUUCAGCUUUCUACCUCCACGAUCAUUACCAUGCAUUUGCAAUGAGCCAAGAAAGUGAGUCACCAGUUCACACAGAGACAGCACUCAGUGGAGACAAACUCUCCACUGACAGCAGUCCAGGGCCCAGAGAUGACUGUGCUGAGUGGGUGGUCCAGUUCUCCAUAGACACACUCCCUGAGGGCAUGAGCAAGACUCAGUGGAAAAAGAAAUUGAAGCAUCAAAAGAAGUUGAAAAAAUGGGAGAAAAUGAAACAGGAAUCCAAGGUGAGAAGGAAAGAGAGACAGAGCCUGUUAAAAAAGGAGCGGCAAGCUUUGGGAGGACUCCCUCCACCAAAGAAGACCAGACUGGAAGAUGGAGGCUCCUCAAAAAGUAGUCAGAGAGGGUCCUACAAGAAGAUGAGUGAUGAGGGAGCGAGCUCUGUGAGGGUGGCCGUGGACUGCUCUUUUGAACAACUCAUGAGUGCGAAGGAUCAACUGAAGCUAAUCAAACAGUUGCAGAGAUGUUAUGCUGCCAACAGACGAUCAGUAGCUCCCUUGCAAUACUAUGUGACUAGCUUUGGUGGUCAACUGAAGUCAGAGCUGGAUUGCAGAUAUCUAAUCAACAAGGAGCAUGAACACUGGGAUAUCCACUACAGAAGUGAGGACUUUCUGGAGGUGUUUGGUAAAGAGAAUGUUGUGUACCUCCUGGCUGAGUCUACCAAUGUGUUGAAUGAGCUGGACCCCAGUAAGGCGUACAUAAUAGGUGGACUAGUCGACCACAAUCAUCACAAGGGUCACUGUUACCAGGUGGCCGAGGAGAAGGGUCUGGCCCACGCCCGACUACCAAUAUCAGAGUAUAUACGAAUGAGUGGCAGGAAAGUACUCACCAUUAACCAUGUGUAUGAGAUUCUAUUGGACUACUCAACAAAUGGAGGCGACUGGAAAAAAGCAUUCUUUAAAGUUCUCCCACCGAGAAAGCUAAAAUCAACAAGCAACGCUGAUAUUGAAACAGAAAAUCAACUAGACCAGAACCCGCCUGCGGAUGUAAAUCAAUCACCCUCAGAAAAUAUAGCAUCCACUGAAAUCGAUACAAACAUUAAAAUUGAACCGAGCAGCCCCAGCAAAUGUAACAAUGAUUUGCCUGAAAGUACAUCUAGCGACAGUGUUGUGCCAAGUGAAGGUGUGUCAUGUGGGGGCGUACCAGUUGAAGGCGUGCCAAGUGAGGGUGGUCUCAAGGAGAGCAGCAAUGAAGAAGAUGCGUGGCACCCACUUUCUUCCAGAACACUGCUCUCCUCGGUUGUCGAGUAUACAGUUCUUUGAAUAUACUGUACGUGUAACACUCUAUUUAUUUGCCUUUUUUCCUGUUGAUACAGUAUGCAUGUCUAUUGACUAUACUAGUGAUUAUAAUUUAUAGCACUAUCGCCAAAUUUAAUUGUUUAAUUAUGCAUGUUAAAUUCAUCCCAUUGUUGUCAUAUUGAAUGUAAAUACCAGAAAA